AGGCAACAGGUACCUUGCUCUCUGACAGCUCAAGACACAGCUCAGCAACAGCUGCUAGUUCCUGCUCAACCUGCUGGAUUAUUUGGACGGGGGCACCACAGCCUCUGAUAGAACCUGUUUCUCAUCGGGCGUUUGGAAGAACUUGAAAAACUAGAAUAGUCUUGAAGACACUGACUGAGUGGAUAGACAGCACCAGUUGUCAUUGAUUGUACUGAAAAGACAAGAAAAAUGUCUCUUGUGAAGGAACGUAAACCCAAAAAGCCUCAUUACAUUCCCCGGCCUCCAGGGAAGCCAUUCAAGUUCAAGUGCUUUCAGUGUCCAUUCACCUGCAAUGAGAAAUCUCAUCUUUUUAAUCACAUGAAGUACGGCCUCUGCAAAAAUUCCAUAACAGUUGUCACCGACCAGGACCGAAUCACUAAAAACCCAAAAGUCAACUCUAUAGACCAGAAGCAAACAAGCAACGAACCCUUUGCAAAAUCUUCAGUUCCUGCAUUAAAUGGAUUUACCAAUCUGGAAUCCAAAACGCAACACAAUGUAGCUAGGGAAGAAGUAAAAGAUAACCUAGAUCUUAAAAAUGAUGCUAAGCAUCAUCUAGAGAGGACAACAGUUUCCAAAGAAGUGACUCUGUCUCUACCAGUAGCCAUAAGUCAAAUAAACAAGCCACCAAGUCUGGAUGGCGCUAUGAGGCCUUCCGCUUUUAUUCCAGUUGGGGAACACAGACUGAUAAAGGGAACAGAGAAUCCAUCAAUUCCUGAACUAACUUCAAUAUCGGCUGAACCAGCCAAAGGGGUGCACAGUAUUAAAUCAGCAUUCCACAGUCUGCCGACUCCAUGGAAAUCUGGACUUGUUUCUCCUGACUUUAGCCAAAAGUCCUCAAUGCCUCGUUAUAUCCACCCAAUGAUCUCAGAAUACCCCCCACAAUUUUAUUCAGAAGCAGGACUACCUGCAGUUUUUUCCCCAUACUUGUUUCCACAGACAGAGUGUGAAAAUCCAAUGCUCUCCGUCUACUCAUCACCAGACCAAAGACCAUUCCUUCCACAUCCUUUACAAUCUUCAGGAUUACCCUUGCCGAAACCUAUCAGUGCACAUUUUGAGCAUUAUAGACUUCUACAACAGUUCCAGCAGAAUCCCCAAUUGCACUAUGGAUUUUACAGGCCCACAGAACACCCAUAUUUGACUUAUGGCUUGAAGGUACCCUCUGUACCUGGUCUCUCCAAAGAGCAUAUUUCUCAUUCAAUGGACAGCCCAGCUUGUAUCUACCCAUCUUCACAUCCAUCUAGGUUGUAUCCUCUGGAAGGCUUUCAAAAGUUUUUUGAAAUUCAAAAGGAAAUAUCACCAGUUCCGGCCAAGAACCUUGACUCCAAAAGUGAUUCUGACAGUGUGAAAAUGAGUCCAAGAGCAGGGAGUGCAGCAACUGGAUCUCCUGGAAGACCCAGCCCAACCAACUUUACCCAGAACAGCCAGGGCCAUGAAGGCAUCUUUGAUCUCUCUAACAAGUCCACUUCAACAUCUGAUAUAAUAGGAAAAGACGUCACAAGUGGCAAAGCUGUGAGGAAAAGCACAGAUUCCCAGACAAUUAUCAGCAGAGAAAACUCUCCAAGCUUUAGGAAUAAUGAAGUCCAGUCCCACUCAGAUAGCAUCAUCUUCACCGAUGACGCUGUGCCUCAUGACAACACAAUAGUACCUCUUAACCUUUCCAAGAAAUCAGAGGUCGAGGCCAGGGAUGUUGAUACAGUACACAACAGCAACUCCAACAAAGAGUGUGUAGGAUUCAUGGAGAUGCAAGACUUUCCUUUAAACCUUUCGGUGAAAGAUUCUGGCAGUAACCACAACACACUAUGUGCAGACGAAAGACUAUCAUUACCAAGACAAAGCACAAGUCCCCCAAUUUAUCAAGUCAUUCAUACCACAGACAAACGAUCUCCCACUUCUAGAGGCAUACACUCGCUAGGCAUCAUUGAAAACUGUGACGAGCAAAAACAGUCGGCAGCGGUUGCCCUUUGCCAGUUAGCCACGUCCAGUCCUGGUGUACCACUAAGAGGAACAGAGGAUGAAUUCCCAGAGAAAGAGACAGUAGUUCCCGAGCAGGUUCAUCCAAGAUCUCCAGCAGCCCAAGAAACAGAGACCGAUAUUGGUGCAAGGGGACAAAAGCGAACAAACUCUAAGGACCCUGGAAAAUCUCAAAGCUCAAAUAAAAAACAUAAAGCUGUAGAUUCUGGAAGAAUGUUUACCCUUCGAAAAAGGCCCAGGGUAUCAUAGUUUGAAAUCCCAUUAAGACCUCUAUGGACCACUAAACUAUAUAGUAAAAAGGGACAAUUUCUGUAAACAAAAAUAUCGGGGUUAGAAAUAAUGAAAAUCUGGUUUAUUUCUAAGAAAGAAAAAAUGGCAGUUUGAAUAUCUAAACAGUAUUAAAGAUAAGAAAACAGAAAAUGAUAAAUACUAUUUUAAAUUGGCAUAAACUAAAUUUUCACUUAUUUUGGUACCUGAAAAGUUAUUACUACUGCAUAGUUUUACAAAUAUGGUCUCCGAAAUUGGCCCUAUGCUAUCUAAGGGAUAAUUAUAUAUAUCAAAAUGAAUUCCAGAAGACAAAUAGGCCCAAAAAGCUAAUAUUUAGCAGAAAAGUCUAUUUUGAAGAUAGAACAACAAAGUAGAAAAAAAAAUGUAACAUUUUGUGCUAGCUACAAAGUACCUCAAAUCUGAAGGAAUUAUGCUUUGUAUUAUCUAAUACAAUUUUAUAAGUCAUUGCUGUAUAUUUAUGUAUAAAUAUGUGCAUUUUUCUGCAGAUUUUGUUUAAUGUGAAAGCUAUAUUGUUUUCCGCAAAUGCAACACUCUUUGCUUUUUUGUGUAAUAUUUAUCUAUAUAAUGUAAUUUAUUUUUAUAUAAGUGAGAGCACUGCUAGCACUAGACUUGUAUAUAAGAAACAAAGGGGAAAGAGCAGACGAAUCAAAUGUGUUUUUUAAAAUAACUGGGAUUUAUGACUC